CACUUCCUUUUCCUUACCCGGCAAACGCAUCCGUGCAUGUGGAAAACGUGGGGAUGACUACACGCGACAUGUGUUCUGUGAUGUGAUUCUUUUUUAAAGCGUCAAACAUCAUUUUACUAUGGAUCCACAGCGUAGAAGGCAGUGGCGUAAAGGUGGGUCAGCCAAGCGUCGGCGUACUGCGGAUGACAGCGAUGAGCAGGCUUUUGAGAAGGUCCCCCGCCGAAGCAUGGCCAAUAACACCCCGAGCGUGCGUGUGCUCCUUCCAGUUAAAACGAAGCACGGUGUUGUGCAGAAGACCCAGAUCCUCACCAGAAAGGACGACUCACCUUUGGAAUCUGAUGAAGCCCACGGCGGGUCUGCUUCGGAGGACGACGUGGAAGAUCAGCCGGAGACACCGCCAAUCGCUGAAGAGUCGCCCGAGGAGACAACUCCUCGCACAGCGGUCAAGUCGCUGUCAGAGAAGUAUCGGCAGCUUCAGCAAGUCAAGCAGAAGAUUGGCUCUCUGGCGAGUGCCAUUGUAGAAGAUCCGCAGGAUAAAGUCGGUCAUUUCAAGGAGCUCGUCGCCUUUCUUCGCGACGGAGCGCCGGGCAUUUCGCACAUUGUGCAGAGGCUAGCAGCGCUUACAUUGCUCGAAGUCUUCAAAGACGUGGUGCCGGGCUACACCAUUACGGCGCCAACCGCGCACGGUAGCGGACCUAAGCAGAAACUAAAGAAAGAGACGCGAGCCUUGAUAGGUUACGAGGAGGCGUUGCUGCGAUACUAUGGCCAGUAUGUAGGUUGCUUGCGGAAGAUAUUGGCGCGACAUAUGAAGAGGCUCAAGUCUCCCCAAAGCGCUCUGCGUCUGCGUCUGUCAACAACGUUGGCCCAGGUCGCUGCUCGCUGUGUAUGCGGUCUGCUUGUGGCGCACCCGCACUUCAACCUGCGCGGACAGCUGAUUGAACUGGCUGUCCAUUGCCUGGGGAGUUCCGACGACAAGAUGUCGUUGACAGCGUGUCAGGCACUCCGCCUGUUGUACCGCCAGGACCGGCUGGGAGAGAGCACGCUGGAUGCUGUCAAACGUACCAGGGCCCUCCUGAAAGCCAGAGGUCUUCAGGUGCACCCCCGUGUCUUGGAGCCAUUCCUGUCCCUCCGUCUACGGCAGCCCAAGGCCGCAGACCAGGGCCACAACAUUGAUCUGAAGAAAGUGCGUGAGGGGCUGCGAAAAAUGUCACGGAAGGAGCACCGACAACACAAGCGCAUGCGUCGUCUUGAGGCCCAACUCCGGGAGACAGAGGCAGAGGAAAGUGACAUCCGUAAGGAUCGCCUCCAAGGACAGAUACUGCAGCAGCUGCUGUGGACGUAUGCCCAUGUUCUCAAACAGGUGCCUCAGAGGCCAGAGCUAAAGCCCCUGCUUCGUCCAGUGUUCAAAGGUCUCUCCCAGUAUGCGCACCUGGUCAAUCUUGACUUCCUGGAGGACAUUCUAGAUGCACUAAGCAAUCUGCUCAACUUGCUAGGAUCUCGGGAUGCUCCUUGCUGCUUGCAGGCAGCAUUUGCACUUCUGUCAGGGCAAGGUCAAGCCCUCACUGUUGACCCUCAGCGAUUCUAUGUAGCACUGUUCAGGUGUUUGCUGGAAAGCCCUCCUGCCAGUGCUCGUACACUGCUACUCUGCUGGCGGCUGAUGGUGGUAAACCGCUGCAGGAGUCUGUCAGUGUACCGCCUUAAGGCACUGUGCAAACGGUUUACCACAGUGUGUCUUAAUCAUGUUCACUCACUUGGCCUAACCUUAUCACUCGGCACAUUGCUCAGGAGUGAACCCCGGCUGCAGGGACUGCUUGAGGUGGCAGACUCUCAAACCAUUUUUCGCCCCCUGCUCGGAGACCCUGACCAUGCCGGCUGUGCUCCACUUUGGGAGCUGCACAUGCUGAGAAAGCAUUAUGACCCCUCAACGGCUGCCAUUGCCAAGGCCGUUGCCUCAGCCAAUCGCAUUCCACCCAUGCUGGCCAGCCUUGAUCCUGUCCGUGUGGCGGGCAAGCGCAUUGAUCCACUCGUGGCAUUUCCAGGUUGCGGCCCACGAGCUAACGUACAGCGCAGAUCUGCUAAGGACAGGUUUGAUAAACGUAAAAAAAGGCCUGCUAAAGGUGCUGUGUGUAACAAAGACAACAAAUAAAGGUGCAUUCUUGUGUUUAA